CCUCCCCCCCUCGUAACAAAAUUUGUAUGAAAAAAAAAUUCUUUUGUUUGAACCGUAACAAAAUCUUAGACCCCCCUCCCCCCUAAAAGCGUUACGUAAUAAGUGAACGGCCCCAUACGGAUCGAUAACACAAAAAUGCGCUCAAGUCCCUCGAUCAAUAACACGAGGACUUCUGUAAUAUUUUUAAACUUUAUUCCUGAAAGUUUAACGCCGGCUUCAGAACGUAAACAACAACUUGUUUGGCAAUUUAUCGAAAGUCGUGAGCUUCAAAUGAAGUCGUCCAUAUGGAAAUUUUUACUAUAAAAAUUGUCCCCAAAAGCAGCUCAAGCUCAUUUGCAGUUUAAAUUUCAAUCAGUUUAAAAAUGAAAAAAAUUGCAAUUUUUGCCCUCAAAUUUAUUUUAAUUGCUGAGCUUUCAGAUUCAAAAAUUACUGUCACUGACGAUCCAGUCUUUUGUGGCGAACAUUUGGACGCGAUUAAUAAUUUUUCAUCGGAAUUCUUCACGACAGUCUCGUCGCAAACUGAACUUUGUGCUUUAUAUUUUGUGAAUUUAAAAGACAAGUCACAAUUUACGGACGAGGAAAAGAAACUAAAAGCUGGAAACUUUAUGAACUUGACUGAGGACACGAUUGGCGAUGCUUAUUCAGAAUUGAUUCUUAAAGUUGCUCAGGAAUUGGAACUGGAUAGUGAAAGUUUGGAACAGAAUUUGGAUAGUGAGUUUGAGGGUCGUGGACUUGGCAGCUGUGCUUAUGCGAAUAUUAAAGCUGCUAAAAUUGAAGCAGAAUCGAGGCUUGAUAAGCUCAGGGAGCUUUAUUAUGAGACAAAAAAUUAAAUAGUGAUUAAUCAGGCUGUCCUUGGGUUUUUGGGAUGUUUUGGGCAAAAAGCAGGACACAAGCGGGACAGACAAAAUUUUUAAGCAUUUUCCAACAAAAAAAAAAGUGGAAUUAAGGAUUUUAGGCAGGAUUAUGUUUAAAAAUGUGGGAAUGUCCAGAUCAAAGCUGCACAGCUGGACAACCUAUCAAUUAGCCAAUAAAAAAUUUAAUUGAGGUGCACCAAAGUUCAACUUUCUUCCUAUUUUGUAAUAACUUUAAGC